UUCGGACGUCGGGCCAUCCUGAGAACUUCCACAUUGUCUGCAUGUACAGGCUCUACUUUGACCCGAUCAAAGUGAAACCAACUAGGUUAUUUAAUAUACCGCGUGACAAAUCUAACAGCUCUAAAGGCUGCUUUUGAUAGUUUCAUUUAGCUGUAAGUCUGUGUGGAGGCCAAAGUAUUCUUCUGUGCAAAAGCAAAUGGCUGUCUGUCUUCCUUGUUUUCGGGCCUUGGUCGCCCCAUUUCCCAAGCGCGGUGUCUCCCAGCGUCCACCUGUUAGAGCUCAGAGUUUCAGAGAAGAAGAAGGGAGAUCAUCAUCAAGUAAUAUAGUCGAUGCGAAUUUGAGCGUCUUGAGAAAGAGGAUAGAUGAAGCAAAGACGAAGGAGAGAUUGGAGAGGUGUUGUAGAAGCGAGCUCGGGUGGAACCACGCUACGUCGGGAUGCUAUGCCAUAUCCAAGCGGAGAAAAGAUGCAGAGACGUCGGAGUUCUUUGAACUCCUACUUUUAGUUUGCAGAAAUAUUGGCCUAGCAAACAUUGCUUGUGCAUUCUUCCUUUGCUUAGCUUCCAUAUUCGUUCAUUUGAAUCAAAUUAAUGACCAUUUCUUGUAAAUCUCUCCCUCUCCCU